GAGUUAAGAUGGCGGACCGGCGGCGACGGAGACAGCGCGCCUCUCAAGACAGCGAGGAGGAGGACGAGUCCGCUUCGGGCUCCGAGAGCGGGAGAGCCUCUUCGGCCAGCAGGAAGCCAAGCGGAAGAGAUCCCGAGCCGGUGGAAUUGCCAGUGGAGCGCGAGGUCGUCAAAAGGGACGAUGAAUCGGAGUGUGAAAGUGAAGAUGGCGUAGGUGAAGCAGUGCUAUCAGACUAUGACAGUGCUGAUCUGGAGGAGAACGGAUCGCACACGGAGGGAGGAGAUGAUGAAGAGGAGGGUGAGCAUUUCAGUGAUGAAGAGGCCUCACAACCUGUAGCAGAACAGAAACCCGCCGCAGAUGCCCCAACAGAAGAGGUAGAGCAGGAAGAGAGAGAUGAAGGGAUGAAGGAUGUUAAAACUGAGGAGAAGGGCAAUCUGGCUGGGGAGCGUCAGAGUGGAGAUGGACAGGAAAGCACAGAAGACCCUGAGAACAAAUCUGCCAGUCAAAGCAGCCAGAAGUUGGAUGACGAUGAGGACAGAAAGAAUCCAGCCUACAUCCCCCGAAAAGGCCUUUUCUUUGAGCAUGACGUAAGAGGCCAGACUCAAGAAGAGGAGAGGCCUAAAGGCAGACACAGGAAGUUGUGGAAGGAUGAGGGCCGCUGGGAACACGACAAGUUCCGUGAAGAGGAGCAGGCGCCAAAAUCACGUGACGAACUGAUCUCUUUUUACGGUUAUGACAUCCGCAAUGGCUCUGGCUCAAGUGAGGGACGAUCAUAUAAGACCCGAAAACCAAGACAUGCCAGUUCAUCCAAUCAAGAGCCAAGGUUCCCCCGAGACGGUGAAAAAUCUGUUCGUACCACGUGGCAAGGCCCCCCUUCUGGCCACCGCAAUACUCCACCGUCUGUUUCCCUAAAGUCCGGCCCUCCCUCUGCUCCCUAUGCACCACCUAAACCCACUGGAAGACCCUCAACUCAGCCUCCCCAACGCAGUUUCCAGGGCAGCCGAGCACCUUUGACCCCUCACAGGACAGAGGGUCGAGGACACCCAAAGCCUGGCUUCGAUGGUCCACCACCUCGGGGUGUACGAGUGCAGCCUGUGGAGGGUGAGAGAGUUCCGAGGCUAAGGGGCCGCGGCUCUCAUGUUGACCGCAGCCCAGAUAUGCUGGUGGAAGACAUUCGCAGUGAGGAAGAGGAAGAAGGUGAGAUUCCAACAGCAACAACUACAUACACUGCUCACCACUACAAGACUGAGAGAGAGAGGGUUUCAUCACCACGGAAACAAGAGUCAGGUCCAACGUUGGAAGGAGGUAGUGCAGCCAGGCAGGUGCGAGAAUCGUCUCCACUUCAAGAGAAACCUGUGGAGAAGAAAUCGUACUUACUUGCACGGAGGGCAACACGAACCCGACCGUCUGACCUUGCUAAGCAGGCAUCAUUAGAUGACUCUUCUCCCGCUGUGCAGCAAGCCCCCGCAGCAGUGAAGAGCGAAUCGUGGCAGGAGCAGGGUGAUGCUGGCACGCAAGGUGGACUGACGGGGCUUGAUCAGGACCUUGCCCGCCUCAGCCUAGCGGGGCAGAACUGGUCCCAGAACCCGCCCUCCUACCUGCAGGCUGAGAUGAGGGGCAUCCGUAGUUCCAUGCACAUGGGAGGAGGCCCCCCACAGUAUGGAAAUAUGGAGGAUAUGGGUGUUGGUGGUGGCCGGGCUAAGCGGUAUUCAUCACAGCGUCAGAGGCCAGUUCCUGAGCCUGCACCAAUGCACAUAGGAGUGAUGGAGGGCCAUUAUUAUGAACCCAUGUCUUUCCAGGGACCAAUCUACACGCACGGGGACAGCCCAGCGGCUCUCCCACCUCAAGGCAUGCUUGUUCAGCCUGAGAUGCACCUGACUCACCCCACCCACCCUGGACACCCAGGCUUGCAUCCACACCAAUCAGGAGGGCCCAUGCCCAAUCCAGCUCUUUAUGCUGCCCCACCCGUUUCUUUGUCAACUGGUCAACCACCUCCACAGCAGCUGCUACCCCCACCCUUCUAUCCCCCACCAGGUGUCAUGACCUUUGGGAACACCAACUACCCAUACCCUGCUGGAGCUACGCUACCUCCAAUGUACCCCAACCCCCAGGCACAGGCACAGGUUUAUGGUGGUGUGACGUACUACGAUACAGUACAGCAGCAAGCUCUGCCCAAACGCUCUCCGCCCCGACGUUCCUCCCAUCCAGUUACAGUCAGACCUCCCCCUCCUGAGGACCAGAGCAGAAAGCCCAGUGAGGAGAUCCAUUCCUAGCUGAUGGAGCAAGGAGGCCGAGUGUCAGGACCAGCACCAUUGUUGUAUCAAUUGAAUUCACCAUUUAGGUUUUCACUUCAAUUUCCUUUUUAUUAGUUUUUUUGUCUUGUGAAUUUCGUUAUGCCUUGCUUGGGCACACGGUCUUCAUCCAAGGUCCUGCUUUUAUUUAAUUUUUAAAUAAUUCUUUGGAUUGUUCCUGUUUGUUAUUUUCUUGACCAGCAUAGUGUUUUCCCCCAUAUCUGCUGUUCAACUGGGAAUGAAAUAAUUCAGUUUUAAACAGUGUGUCAUUUUUCACCUGCAUCCCUCGUCUCUCCUGCAGACUGAUUGAAAUUGUACAUGACAGCUGGACUCAUCACUUUUAAAUACUUAAUUCAAGACAGCAAGUGGUACAGAUGGGUUUUCCUCAGUUUCACAUCGAAUUUUCUCACGUUUUCAUUUGAAAGUAGAAAUAUGUUACUAAGAACUUAAGUGUGUUUGGAAUUCAGAUGUUUGUCUUGGUCCUUAAGUUUUUAAAUCUGCACCUGAUCAGGUCCAAAUUGGUAUAAUGCUUAGAAUGGAGUGAUCCAUUUAGUAUAGCAAGCAGCUGUACAUGUUAAAAGAUAGUUUACCCAAAAAUGAAAAUCCUGUCAUAUACUUGCCCUCAUAUUAUUUCAAACCAGUAUGACUUCACAUGGAAGAUUCAUACGGGUUCGAAACAACAGAAGGUUGACUUCAUGUUUGGGUGAACUGUCGCUUUAAGGGCCUACACAAAUUUAAUGCCACUUUUUUGUUUUUUUGUCACGUUUCUUGUAUUUAGAUUAUGAAUGCUGUUGGAUGUUGGCAGACCCAUCUUAAUCUCUGAAUAUGUAUCUUUUGUAUGUUCAAAAUUUUCAUUAAGAGUGCUGUACCUUUCUGACUGCUCUACCCACCGUUAUGGUGCUAGCCCUCCCUCAAACUGGGGCUGAAACCCUUAAACUCCCUCUUUUCCCUUUGUCCAGCUGUCCCUUGUAUCUUUAACAUGUACUGUUGAAUUCAAUACUGUAUAUCAAAACUAACUGUUAACCUUGCCUGAUACUGACUUGUUUGACAAUGUAACUGCUUGAUGGCUUUCUGUUGUAAGUGUACAUAUUAAAGUAUAUUGAAUCCAGUUUGAGUAAUACUAAAAGUUAGUCAUCUAAGAAAUACUGUCAAUAUGAACAAAGUCAGCAGGGAAACCUAGCCUAGGCUUUUGAGUUUCAUUUUUAAAAAUUAUUUUACGAUUCUCCAAUUCUUUUCCACUUUUUUUAUAUAUAUAUAUA